UUGCUGGAUUUAUAUUGCUAACGUCACUUCCGUCACUGAAUCAACAUGGACGCAACUGAGGAAAUAAGUCAAGAAAAUACGUUUUAUGACAGUAAUGGAGCCGCCAAAAUACACGAUCGAAUCCAGAAGCGUCAGCAGGCGUUGGCAGAAGAUGCCGAACGUAGAAAAGAUGCCAAAAAGAGCCAGUCGGUGGGUGAGGAGAAGAUUGAAUAUUUUCUGCGCACUUUCAAAGCGGAGCGGGCCGGUAUCCAGGAGCUUCUAACCGGCUGUUCGGGAGCUGACCGGCCCGUUGUGACCCAGAAACUGGAGGAGGCCACGGCCAAGAUGACACAGCUACAAAAGUUUCUGAACGACAGCGUGAUCUUUCUCAGUCAGUACGAAAUAAGAGUGGCUCAAAGUGCUCUGCAGAAGCUCCAAACAUCUCUGAGUGAGACCAGAGAGGAGGCCCUGCCCAAGAAGAAGUUCGCCUUUAGAUCAAGAACUAAAGCUGCGGAGGUUUCUGAUUGUCCUCCUCCGCCUGAGACUGCAGGUUCCGGUGUCACCAAGUUGGACGGAGCAGCAGUGUCAAAGCAGGCUGACUUCUCCGACAUCAGCGACGAGUAUCUGACCAAGACAUCAGAGGAGCUCCAAAACCGAGAUGUGCUGCUGACUCAUCUGACCAACUGCAAGGUUCGUCUGUAUGGUUCUCCCAGCACCCUGCACCUGAAACACAUCAACGCCUGUGAGAUCCUCUGCGGACCCGUAGCUACCUCUGUGUUCGUGGAUCACUGCAGCAACAGUAUCCUGGCCUUCCCCUGCCAGCAGAUGAGGACCCACAACACCACCGACACCCAAGUGUACCUGCACGUCACCAGCAGGGCCAUCAUUGAGGAUUGCCUGGGAGUGAGCUUCGCCCCGUUUUGCUGGUCUUACCCCACCCUGGAUCAGGACUUUUCUGCCUCUGGCCUGGACCGGGACAGAAACAACUGGAGCCAGGUGGACGACUUCAACUGGCUGGCUGCUGGGACGCCAUCUCCAAAUUGGACUGUCAUUCCUGAAGAAGACAGAAAAACAACCUGGGACCCUUAGAAUUUACAAUUUAAAGAUGUUUUCCAAGUCCACACAUUUAAUUGUGGUGUUAUAAAAUGGUUAAGUUCACUUUAAUAUCCUUUGAGUUGAAGGUAAGAGGUGUUAUAAAAAUAAACCGACCCGAUUUAUUAGCUUAGAUUAUAAUUUAAAAAAUGGCAUCUCCCAAGACUGUGUUGAUGUAAAUGAGGAAGAAUCCACUGUGCAUAUUUGUUCUUUAAAAUAAAGUUUGCUGCUUUC